CCUCCUUUCCGUAAUUUUUAUCAACUUCCAAGGGCCAUUUCAAAAUUCCCGUCAUUGACCCUAGAAUGUCUUUCUUCUUGCUUAGUAACGGAAACGCCGGGCGAUAAUUGCUUUUCAAACAUUAAAAUGAAACUCUCUUUCUCUCUCUAAUCGAAUCUUGAGACUCCCCCUCCCCCAAAAAAAAAAAAACCCCCACUUUUAUCUAAAAGAAUUGUACAUUAAAUUCCAAAAGAGAGCGAAAAAGCAAAGUGCAAAAGAGUGAGGAAGCUUAUUUUUUUGGAACCGAAUUGAAUCAUUGGAUUCCGAAGCUUAAAGGGAGUAUGGGUUAGGGUUUUCUGUUGUGUGUAAAAAUUCGAAACCAUAGAGGGAGAGCGGUUAGCGUUUUGGGGUGAAGAUGACGGAGGUGAUAUUACAUAUAUAUGAUGUGACGAACAGUGGAUCGGAUAAAACGAACAGCACGAUUGUUCAAAUCAACAAGGUCUUCAAGGACGGAAUCGGCCUCGGCGGCAUCUUCCACAGCGCCGUUCAGGUAUAUGGAGAUGAUGAAUGGUCUUUUGGCUUCUGUGAGCAAGGGUCUGGAGUUUUUAGUUGUCCUUCUGGCAAAAAUCCAAUGUAUACAUAUCGUGAGUCCAUGGUCCUGGGAAGAACUAGCUUUUCAAUAUUCAAGGUGAACCAGAUCUUGCGGGAACUUAGUAGAGAGUGGCCUGGAAGUUCCUAUGACUUGUUAUCCAAAAAUUGCAACCACUUCUGUGAUGAGUUCUGCAAAAGGCUUGGUGUUCAAAAGCUUCCGGGUUGGGUCAAUCGUUUUGCCAAUGCUGGUGAUGCUGCUAUAGAAAUAGCAGAAAACACUGCCUUACGGUUGAGACAAGCCAAGACUGAGAUAGUAUCAGCCAGCAAAGUGGCAUAUCGUUUCCUUGUGGGUUUUACCUCUGGUUCUAGUGGUGGUAAUGAUUCCCCUGGCAAUUCAAAUAGAGGAAGCCCCAGAUUGCAAACAGCUUGGUUUAAAAACCUCGCCAGUACUGGUGCCAAACCAUCUGGCAGUUCUGAAAUUGAGAUUCUGGAUGACAAUAUUCUUCACCAGCAACGGCAACAGAAUUCUGCACAGACAAUGUGACUAAAUUUUCAAGAUUCGGAAAGACCUUGACGACUGGGUUCACAAGAUGUGGAACGACCAUUGCAACAGAAUUCACAAGAUUCAGAACAACCACUACAACAGAAUUCUUGGCAUAAUAUUUGACGGAAACGCUUUCUGGAAGCAUCUUUUGUUGUUUACUACUUGUAACUCUGCAUAGCCAAUCAAGAAGUUAUUCAUUCUGUAUCAAUGUAAAAUGUUCAUUUCUUGUCCCAACUGAAAAUUUCAAAUCAUGCCCCGUGGACUGAAGUACAUUGUGAAGACUCCAAAGUCAAAACCAAUAGUGUUUUUCCUCUGAAAAGUCUGAUGCGGUGCUUGGGGCAUUAUUCAUUUGUUCCCGCUAGAGAUGGCCAAUUUGUAGGUAAAAUUGAAUCUAUUUGUAUGGUACAAACUUUUUAUAAAGUGAUUCUUGUUCCUAAUUA